CAUUUCUCCUCUCCUUCUCUGUAAAUCUUCUUCCUUGAUCCUGUUUCUCCUGAGGGUUUUAUCAGGGUUUUUCAAUUUCUCAAUCUUCCCUCCAUAUUUCCCUGAUCCCCAUCUCGGUUCUGAAUCAGGAAACCUUCAAAACCCUAGAAUUUUCAUUCUUCUAGGGUUUAAUUGAGGCUCCGAGAUUUGGUUCUCUUUCUUCAGUCCCUGCUUCAUUUAACUCGGGUUCUUGAAUUUCUGGAUUCUGUUGGAGUUUUUGGGAGUGGAGAUUCAUGGGGUGAAUGAUGAGGGAACAAGAGAAGCGAAUUUUGAUAUGAGGUUUUGAAUAUGAGCCAUGGAGGUGUGGAGAGUACAAGAGGGAGUGAAGGGGAGAGGAACUUGCCACCAGCAAGACCCAAAGCUGACGACUUUGGCCGAGAAGUGUCCAAGAUUGCAGUGGCACAGAUAUGUGAGAGUGUGGGGUAUCAGGGCUUCAAAGAGUCUGCUUUGGACGCCCUUUCUGAUAUUGCGAUUAAAUACCUUCGUGACUUGGGGAAGAUUGCAAGUUCUCAUGCUAAUUUAGCUGGUAGGACAGAAUGUAACCUUUUUGAUAUAAUUCGUAGUCUUGAAGAUUUGGGAGUUUCACAAGGAUUUUCAGGCACAUCAGAGAUUGGCAAUUGUUCUGUUGGAUCGGGCACAGUGAAGGAGAUAAUUGAGUUCAUUGAUUCCGAAGAGGAAAUUCCAUUUGCUCAACCAGUGUCAUAUUUUCCAGUUAUUAGGGAUAGGAAGAUGAUUCCUAGUUUUGAACACAUGGGUGAAAUCCCACCGGGGAAACAUAUCCCAACAUGGUUGCCAGCUCUUCCAGAUCCUCACACUUAUGUUCAGACACCUAUGUGGAAUGAGAGGGCAUCUGAUCCCCGUUCUGAUAAGAUCGAGCAAGCAAAGCAGCGGAGAAAGGCAGAGAGGGCUUUGUUGAGUUUGCAGCAGAGACUGGUGUGUAAUGGUUUGACAAGAAGUUCAGUUUUGGAGGAUCCAGGUGAUGGAAAGGAUGAUCAGCAAGAAGCUGGAACAAACCCUUUUCUUGCCACACCUUUGCAGCCUGGGAAGAAGGAUGUUUCUCAGAUCGUUUUGCCAGCAAAGCUUUCUGAAGAGGCGAUGAAUGGUAAUGAAGUUUCUGUUCUUAAGGCAUUUGCUCCUGCAAUUGAAGCGGUCAGAGGUUCAUUUUCUGAUGAUGGUGACGGUGAGAAGAAGCUACUUCCUGAGAAAAGGCCUGCUAUUAACUUUAAGUUCAGAACUGGCAAGAAACUUCUUGGUGAAUCAUUGGAUUUGAACAUACAGAAGAAAGAUGGUAGAAGAACAGCAAUAUUUUUACGGGAUGAUGAGAGGGAUGACAAAAAAAGGAGAGCCGAGUUUAUUCUUAGGCAAUCAAUUGAAAAUCCACUGGACCUCAACCAGUCAUAAUGUAUUUUUAGGUAGUAUUCAUCACAAAUCUCAUGAUUUUUAGUCAGUAGGAGCAGUGGGCCAUUGGAGGUUCUUUGUUAGGGUUUUCUUGCAUGGAUAUUGUGAGAUUCUAAUCAGGUAUGUCAGCAGUUGCUUUGAUGUCGCUGUAACUUUGGUCUGAAUUAAUUCUUUGAAUGAGGCUUUUGCCUUUGUUACCAUCUGAUGUUGUACUGAUGCCAUGAUUUCUAAUUUGGGGGAACCACAAAAAAAAUUUGUCUUCUAC